AUGUUUGAGUCUGGAUUUGCCAAUGUCUUCGAUGAUGUUGCUUUCGCCGUUCCCGUUAUGGCCCCGGGCAAGCGCCCUUUUUCGGUGGGGAAACCCACCAAGAUUAUUGACGUUAACCUUCUCCAUGUUUCGUCCUCCCACGCCAAUGAGUUUCUUUUGCGUGAGCUUGCGAAGCAGCACGGUCUCCGACUGACCGGUGUCCUGCAGCCUUGUGGUGGAUGCCUGCAGGCGAAGGGGAAGAAGGCGGGCGUGCCUCACCAAUUGGGCACGCGCGCGGAGCGGCCGCACGAUCUUUGGCACAUCGAUCUAUGUGGGCCGAUGACGGCCUCGCUGGGGGGUUCGUUUUUCAUGAUUAUGUUCGUGAACAGCUUCUCGCGGUGGAUGAAGCUGUACGGGAUGAGGCGCAAGUCGGACACCCUCGCCUUCGUCAAGAAGUUCCUCGCCGACAUGAGUGGCACCGGUGUCCCUCGCUCUUUCCGGAUGGACAACGGGGGGGAGUUCAUCGGACGCGACUUCAUCGCCUUCUGUGACAACGCCGGCAUCCGCCGUACGUACACGGCGCCGGGCACCCCGCAGCAGAAUGGUCCGGCGGAGAGUGCGAUCUGGCGCGUGAACAAGGCCGGCCACGCCGCUCGUCUCGAGGCACCCCGUCUGUUUCCCAAGAUCGACUUCACCCGCGUCCCCGGCUUCGGGCACGAUGGCGAGCNUCAAAAUGGUCCGGCGGAGAGUGCGAUCUGGCGCGUGAACAAGGCCGGCCACGCCGCUCGUCUCGAGGCACCCCGCCUGUUCCCCAAGAUCGACUUCACCCGCGUCCCCGGCUUCGGGCGCGAUGGCGAGCGACUCUGGCUAGAAUCGUGUCACUGGGCUGCCGGCGGCUUCAACCGUUCUCCGACCAAGGCAAACGUCGGGUACAAGUCGCCGCACGAGCUCUUCACCGGUCGCCCGCCCCCGCUCCAGAUCGUCCCUUUCUUACAGCCGAGGUAUAUGCGUGUGACGCGCGCGCGGAAGAUGGAUCCCCAGGCAGUGCUGUGCUGCUACCUCAACAACGGCGACAACCAUCACGAGUCGGCGGUCAAGGUCCUCAAGUUCGCGACGGGGCGCGUGUGCAUGACGAACAACGUCGUGUGGGUCUCCGACCGCGCGCCGUUGCUGACCCCGCCGCUGGAGCUGCCGGCGCCGGCGGACGAGGGGGGAGAUUCGAAUGUCGCCGCCGCACCGUUUCUAAUUGAGUAUAUUUCACCGCCUCUCUUACCCCCCUCACCGUAUGCCCGACCUCCCACUUCACCCGCUGCCAUACUCUCACAGGCGCCGCCGGCAACUUCCACACCACCAUCGCCGGCGGCGCCGCCUACCGCAGCCACACCAGCGCCACCUUUUAUCAUCACCGCGCCGCCGGCACCACCGUUCGCCGCCGCGCCACCUUUCCCCGUCACCACGCCGCCGGCACCGCCGUUCGCCGCCGCGACACCUUUCACCAUCACCGCGCCGCCGGCACCGCCGUUCGCCGCCGCGCCACCAUUCACCACCACCGCGCCGCCUGCAACGCCCCUCGCCGCCGCGCCACCGUUCACCACCACCGCGCCGCCUGCAACGCCGCUCGCCGCCGCGCCACUGUUCACCACCACCGCGCCGCCUGCACCGCCGUUCGCCGCCGCGACACCGUUCACCACUGCCGCCUCGCCUCCGGCCUCACCGUUCACCACCGCCGCUGCACCGUCAGUAAUACCGUCUCCCGCCGCCGUGCCGCCCGGUGCCGCGCCUUCCACCAACAUGCCGCCGCUCACUACGAGGACCAUCCGUGAACUGGACGUGGGGCGCGGCGACAUGAGGGUUUCUGGGCGCACGAGGGCAGCCGCUAAGGACCAGGGGGGGGGGCGUGCGUCGUCAAUGCCGCCCCUCUCUGCCAGGGCCAAUCGAGAGCUGGACUUGGGACGAGAGACGCGGGUGCCAGGGAGGUUGAGGGGUCGGCGGGUGCGUUUCCAGGAUGGGGGGGCCGAGCGGUCGACGUCACCUGGCGGGAGCGGCGACGCUCUCGCCCACCGCUUCGGUCUUGUUUCCCUGCAGGACAAGGCAACGCUCCUGUCGACUCUAACCACUCGCAGCAUCGUCGAUGGGGGGAGGAAGGAUAUCCCGAGUUCAGCCGGAGGACGUGAUGGAGCGGAGCCGGGGGGGCAAGAGCGGAGGGGCACGAAAAAAGAAGGACUGGGUGAAGAAGUCCCAUUUGCGUUCGCCACCUUGCUUGCCUCCCGCGAGGACAUUGAUCGCGCGAUGAUGGAAUUAGAUCCCCCGGAAGUGGCACCGGACUUGCCACAGUGCUAUGCGAGCGACUUGCGCGUACCCAAAACGUAUAGGGAGGCUGUGUCCUCUCAACAUGCUGACUUGUGGAUACACUCUGUAGAGAAGGAGUUCAGAGGCCUGAUGGAGGCUGGUACCUUUGAGGAAGCAUUUGUCCAGUCGGAUUUGGAUGAGGAUGUUUUUAUGCGUCUGCCAGAGGGGUGUGGUAGAUUAUCAGGUAUGAUCGUGAAGUUGAACAAGAGUCUAUAUGGCCUUAAGCAGGCAUCAAGGCAGUGGCACUCACACUUGGCGAGGUGUUUGAUUUGUUUGGGUUUUAUUCAGUGUAUGGCGGAUACGUGUGUGUUUCGGUUGAUUGAGGAGGGAAGAGUGGUAGUGACUCUGGUGGUACAUGUAGAUGAUAUAUUUUCGAUAGGAGAGGAGGAGAGGUGUGACCAGUUUGGCAGGGACCUCAACACCAUGGUACCUGUGAAGAAUCUUGGGGAUUUGAGAUGGUACUCUGGAUGUUUUUAUGAGAGAGAUUGGGAUGCAGGAACUUUGAAGAUCUCGCAGCAGACGUACGCUGAAGAGUUGGGGAUGGAGUUUGGGGUAGAGUACGGGAAGGAAAUUCCUCUUCCUGUAGGGUUGAAGCUUUCAGAGUUUGAUCAGGAUGAGGAAGUGGUAUCAUGGCGUUUUCGUGAGCUGAUCGGGUCAUUGAUGUGGCUGGCAACGCAAACGAGGCCAGAUAUCGCGAAUGCAGUAAGAGCGGUGGCACGGUACUGUGCCUCUCCAAAAGAGAUUCAUUGGAGAGCAGGGCUUGGUAUUUUGGGGUAUGUGGUAAGGACUAGUGACUUGGGUAUUACAUUCAGGAGGGGUAGUGUAGCAGGAUUAAGCAUGGAGGUGUUCGUAGACGCAGACUAUGCAAGUAAGGCUGCCGAUAGGAGGUCUGUGUCAGGGGGAUUGGUGAUGUGUGGGGGGGGAUGUAUUUCUUGGUUUUCAAGGACCCAGAAGUGCGUCACGUUGAGCACGACAGAGGCGGAGUAUGUCUCUCUUGCGGAUGUGAUGAAGGAAGUGAUAUUUCUGAGGCAGGUGUGGCGUUUCAUGUUACCAGAAGCAGGCAUGCCGUGUAUUCCUGUGUUCGAGGAUAACCAGGGGGCUAUUCAGUUGGCGCAAAACCUGAUAAGUAACAGUAACUCGAAGCACAUCGACGUAGGGCACCACUUUAUCAGGGAACUGGUAGGCAGGAAGGAGAUAUCGAUUUUUCACGUGGAAUCGGCGUAAAUACAUGCUGACUUUCUCACGAAAGCACCUUACGUGGGAGAUUUUGAGUUUCAUCGUAACUACGUGAUGAGUAUGGAUUGAUAUAUUGGUGUUUGGAUUUAUUUUGUGU